AUGUGCAAAAAAAAAAGUAAAUAUCAACAAUAUCCACGAUGCACAGAAGCAAUUGGAAAUGAUUUUGAUAUUCAUAUUAAACUUAAAGAAUGUAGUGAAGCUAAACCAAAUACAAAUCGUUGUCCAUUAUGUCAUAUGAAUAUUCAUGAUGGUGAAAAACCAUGGCGUGAACAUUUAAUGGGUGUUGAUGGUUGUGUUAAAAAUCCUCGACGUCUUCAAGCAUUAAAAAAAGAUCCUCAACAACAAAAGCCUCUUGUUCUUCCAACAUCACAAGUCAAUGUUAUAAAAAAACAAAAAAUAAAAUAA